AUGGAGGAGUUUAUCAACAAGUUCACAGAGAGCUUCUCUUUUUCUGACAAAGAGAAGAUUACCUUCGUGGUCAGUGAUGCCAUAGCCGAGCGCAGUCGCUGUUCCAAAAGUUUUUUAGUUGGGAAGGUCCUGUCGUCCAAACCAGUCAACAAGGGUGCCUUUAUCAAUGUUAUCAAAGGUCUGUGGAGACCCAAAGCCAUGGUGGAGAUUGUUAGUAUCCGGGAUGACCGUUUCCUUUUUGCCUUUUCUAAUGCGAGUGAUGUGCGGCGCAUUUUGGAAGGUGGACCAUGGACCUUUGGCAGGGAUCUUCUUGCCUUGGCCGAAGUCCCGGACUUAGCCGUCCCAGCGUUAAUCCCCCUUCAAACCCAAGCUUUCUGGGUGCGUAUCCAUGGCCUUCCGGCUCAGUUUUUGACGCGAAUCAUGGGGGAAGAAUUAGGUGGUACGAUGGGAACGGUCUUGACAGUCAACUGUGAUAGACAUGGUAUCUGUAUGGGAGAUUAUCUCCGCGUUCGUGUGGUCUUGGAUAUCUCCUUACCUCUCCGUCGGGGCCUUCAAGUCCGCCUACCGUCACCGGAUGGCAGUGAGGCGCUAUGGCUCCUAUUACAGUACGAGAGACUCCCGUCCUACUGUUCGCAGUGUGGUCGUUUUGAUCACAAACCAAGAGAGUGUUCUUCAUACAAAGGUGCUAUCAUAGAUGAUUUCAAGUCCCCCUUUGGCAGCUGGCUCCGUGCGGAAAAUCCCCAUCUGGGGACUGUGGUGGGUCAG